AGCUCACCUUCCUCAGCAGCGCGGGCAGCUCCUCCCCCCUCUUUGAUCGGAGCGUCCUCCUCCUUCCCUGCGCUUCGUCGUCGGCAUUGCGACUGAGGAAGACGGUGUCGAGUAUUGCCGACCCCCUACAGGUGCCUAAGGUGGUUAUUUCCUUUCUGGACCAAUAAUUGGCCGCUGGCACCACUCGCAGCGGGAUGCCGAUCCGCGUCAAAUCGCGCCAGCAGCAGCAGGAGGCGGAUGCAGCCGCCAUGCUGCGGACCCCGUCCCCCUCGGCACGCCAAGCCCGGUUCGGCGCCGAGCUGCCGGACAUCGACGACACGGACUGCUUCCGCGUGCUGGUCAAAAAGCUCUCCGUCUACAUUGCCAACGUGAUCGUGCUGCCCUCGACCUUCGAGCAGCUCAGAACCACGGCAGCCGGCGACGGCCUGCGCGUUCUGGUCGACCACCUGGCGCUCAAUUGCACUCAUCCUGCCGUUGUGAAUGCACUGCUUGCCCUGAAGUGGCAUUAUGACGCCAUCAGCGAGGAUAAGGGGCUGAAUGAGGCCCGUGCCAAUGCCUGCGAGAUUGUCGCCUGGCGCUUCCUCACCCACCUCUCUGAGAGGGAGGCUGUCGACUACUGCCUCUAUGAGAUUCCGGAUCCCAAGGCCUCUGACGUGCUUGCUCCCAACGACGAGGAAGACGCCGUCGUCGACGAGCACAGCUCUCUUCUAGGCCAGGCCCUGCGUGACACCGCCAACUCGGCCCGCCAGGUUCUCGCUGAGUCGGGGAGCAGCAAACGCAACCUCCUCCUGCAUUCCCUUUCCCGGCUCACUAUGAGUAUGACGGGUGACUACGACGACGAGGAGGAAGAGGAUCCCACGGCCCACUUCGCCAAUCUCAAUGCCCUCGAGAUCGCAGCCAUUGCCGGCGCCAAGCGAUUCCUCAGCCAGAACAUCGUUCAGAAGAUCAUCACGGGGAUAUGGAAUGGGGACAUCAUUUUCUGGGAUAGUUUGUCUGUCCACUCGGUCAAAAAGCCGCGCUUCUACAAACCCGCCACCGCCGACCCCUUCUCGCGCCUCCGCGUGCCCAAGUAUCUCAAGUCUUUUGAGGUCCUGUUCUUCGCCAGCUUCCUCUUUCUAUAUUACGCCGUGUUGCUGGAGCGGAACCCGACUCGUAUCACCACCCUCGAGGUCUUUUUGUGUCUCUGGCUCGCAGCGUUUGCCUACGAUGAGCUGAGCGAGUGGAUAGAUGCCGGCUCGAUCUUCUACGCUGCUGACGUUUGGAAUGUUUUCGACAUGGUCAUGAUCGGAAUUGGCGCCACCUACUUUGUCCUGAGAAUUGUCGGUCUGCAAACGCACAAUUCUCGGCUCGUCGACUUGGCUUUUGACGUCUUGGCACUCGAGGCGCUCUUCAUGGUGCCGCGGGUUUUCUCCGUCCUCAGCCUAAGCCCGUACUGGGGGACCCUUAUACCCUGCCUCAAGGAGAUGGGCAAGGAUUUCCUCAAGUUCAUGGUUCUGGUGGUUGUCAUCUACCUGGGAUUCUUAACCACCUUCACGCUGGUCGGCCGCGAUUCUUACUCCCUUCCGGACAUGACGGGCUUCUUGACCAGGAUCUUCUUCGGCUCCAGCGGCGUCGGCUUCGACAUCAUGCACAACAUUGACCCCGUCUUUGGACCGCCCCUCAUGGUCCUGUUCGUCAUGCUCAGCUCCAUCCUGCUCACCGGCUCCCUGACAGGUAUGCUGUCCAACAGCUUCUCGCGCGUCAUCACGCACGCCCGCGAGGAAUAUCUCCAUGUCUACAGCGUCUACGUGCUCGAGGCGUCCACGAGCAACCGCCUCACGCACUUCUACCCUCCAUUCAACCUCCUCGCUCUCGUCAUCUUCCGCCCACUGCGCCUCUUCCUCCCCUCGGACGACAGAUUUCGCCAGGCCCGCAUCCUGCUCCUCAAGGCAACCCACCUCCCCAUCGUCGCUGUGAUCCAGCUGUACGAAUGGGUCCGCGGCACCUCGGGCAAGGGCACGCAGUACAACGGCUUCCGCGGCCCGCGCCACACGACCAUUGCCAGCCCGAGCAACCCGGCCAGGCGCUUGGCGCAGCAGCAGCACCGGCAUUCGAUGUCUUCGCUGCGCGCCGACGCGGCUGUGCCCUUCGCGCUGCAGGCGCCUCCGCGCCCGAUCGGGCCCGGCGAUUCGUCCCGCCUCACGCCGCGGCAGCGCCAGGCGGCCGCCGAGGCGUCCGAGGAAGAGGCCCUUGGCGAGCCGUCGACCGAUGUCGAGGUGCGCAUUGCCGACCUGGCGCUCAAGAUUGACCGCUUGACGGAGCUGGUCGUGGCGCUGCAGGCGCAGCAGAGCCGCCGGCUAGACGAUGUUUCCGUUGCGUAGGACGGGGAGAUGAGGUA